AUGGCGACCUCACGGCCUGACACCCUGAAAGCCCACUGGAAGUGCAUGGUAGCAUGUACUCUGGUCAGCAUGUGUCCGUUCCAGUAUGGUGUCGACUUUGGCAUUAUUGGUGGUCUCCAGGCCAUGCCUGGCUUCUUGGAGGUCUUUGGCUCGAAGGUUCCCACGUCUGUCUCACCUAUCGGUUACAACAUCAACCACACACGACAGCAGCUCAUCUCAUCGCUGAUGAUUCUCGGAGCUUUCAUUAGCUCAUCGACUGCCGGUCCAAUCGCGAAAUUCAUCGGCCGCAAAAUGUCCAUCUGGAUUGCUGCUUUGCUCUGCGUUGUCGCCAACGUUAUCAUGAUGACCACGACGAGCAUCGGAGCUCUUUAUUUCGCCCGUUUCCUGAUCGGCAUUGCGAACGGCAUGCUCAUGACCUUCUCUCAACUCUACCUUCAAGAAAGUGCUCCAGCGAAAUACCGAGGUCUCGUUCUGGCCUUGUUCCAGUCGUGGACGUCAAUUGGCACUUUGGUCGGUACUGUCAUCGACAACUUCACGGUCAAGCUCGACGGGAAGAACCAAUACAUUGUAUCCCUGGCAGUCGUCUACAUUGUGCCAGUCUUCCUAUCCAUCGGCUUGCUAUUCAUUCCCGAGAGCCCCCGAUGGUAUGUCCUUCAGGGCCAGACCGAGAAGGCCCGCAAAUCUCUCAACUGGCUGAGACCCUAUCCCGACGCCGUCGACGAGGAAGUCACCCAGAUCACCGAGGCCAUCGAAGCCGAGCAAGCUUUGGCCCAGAGUGCAGCCGUCCUCGACAUGUUCAGAAACCCCGUGGACAGACGACGAACGCUCCUCGCCGUUGGUGCUGUAUCUCUCCAAGCCGCGUCUGGUGCUAUGUACAUGAUCUCAUACGGCACAUAUUUCUUCGAGAUGGCCAAAGUUGGCUCGGCGUUCGAAAACUCCUGCAUCCUCGUUGCCGUGGGUGUCGUCGCUAUCCUGGUCAACAGCGCCGUAAUUACCAGAUGGGGUCGUCGCCGUGUCUUCCUCACCAUCGGCAUGUGUCUCUGCGGUAUCACGCAACUGAUCGUCGCCAUCGUGUAUGACAAGCAAGGCGCCAGCACCUCAACCGGAAAAGUCAUUGUCGGCGUCUCGGUCGUCUACAUCGUCGGCUACAACGGUAUGGUCGCGACGUACGCAUGGCUCUGCGGUGGCGAAUUCCCCUCCCAGCGCCUUCGAUCCUACACCUUCGGCCUUGCAGCCUCGAUCGGCUUCUUGGGCGCCUGGCUCGCGACCUUCACCGCCCCCUAUUUCAUCAACCCCGACUCGCUCAAUUGGGGACCCAAGUACGGCUACAUCUGGUUCCCGUCUUGCCUUCUCGGCGCCCUGUGGACAUGGCUCUACCUACCCGAGGUGCAGAACCGAACAUUCGAGGAGAUCGACGAAAUGUUCGAAGCCCGCCUUCCUGCCCGCAAAUUCCGGACAUACAGAUGCGUCGGAUCCGUCGCCGCCGUGGCCAUGGCUGCGAAGGAGGAUGGAAGCGAAGGCAGCGAGAAGGAGCACGAGCACGGCAACGUCACUCACAGGGAAGUCAUUCUCGGAAACGAGAAGGCUGCUGUCGAGACUGCCGUGGCGAUCGGUUAA